AAAACGUUUUUUAUUUAAUUUUUUUUUCCUGUACUUGAAAAAAUCCUGUAUCGUGAAAUUCACAUUUCUUUGUUUUUUUUUUUGUUUUUUUUUUGUUUUAAAUGAACCGUAUAUUCAAAAUGCGACAAACGCCGGUUAUUGUUUUCGAACGUGGCCCUAAGGCAAUAAUUACUUUAGUUGUUAUUGUGUUUGUUUUGAGCGCGUGCCUUGCGUCUAGCAAUGCUUCGGUACUUAAUAACAUAAACAACGUGUUGCGCGACGUGCCUAAAAAAACUAAGCCAUUGGCUAUUAAAAAUGCAUCGACGAAUCUCUCCGUCUCCGCCCCGGAUUCCCUUGGCACAAAGACUGACGAACAGGAAAACAAUACCGAAGAGUAUAAUGAUUCUUCAAGUGCUGAACUGUUACGUUUUGUCGAUGACAAUGAAAGUGUUGAAGAUAUGGUUAAUCACAAUAGUAAUGACGAUGUUGACAAUGAUGAUAAUGAUGAUGAAAAUGAUUUCAAUAUUAAUUUAAGUGAUUUAGAUAAUAAUGAUGAUAAUGAUUCAUCAUUAACAGCUUCCUCAUCUUUAAAAUCGUUAUCAUUAGAAGAUCAGGUUCGCUUGUUAUCAAAGCAAUUGAAUGUUUUGAUGACACGUCGUCGCGAGGAUUACGAAUUAUUGGAACGUAAUUUAUUAAAAUCUCUAAGGAUUACCAUGGAAAAGGAACGAAAACAAAAUUCAAUUGCUGCCAAAAUUAAUGCCAACGUAAAGAAUAGCGAUAAUAACAAUUGGGAUUUAUCCAAACAAUUGGAGCAAUUAAGGCAAGAAGUCCAGUCCUUGCAGACGAAGCAUUUAGGAGGCAAUAAUGAACGUCUCACCAUUGAAUGGUUACAGCAGUCUGUUGGCGAGUUGCGUAAACAACUUGUAGAGUUACAGCAAAUUGCCAGCAACGCUAUGCGAGACGUAACAACGCGCACACAAAGUUGGGAAGAUUUGGCAACAAUACGUAGCGAUUUUCAACAACUUAAACUUGAAUUAGCUACAGUUAAAGAGCGUCAACAACAAACCGAAGUUUAUAUACAAGAGUUACGUGAAGAGACCCAACAACAGGAAGAAGACUUUAGGCGUUUAUUGCAAAAUAAACAUCAAACACAACAACAACAAACAAUAAAGGAUGCAAGUGCAAUUCAAGGCAGCAGAAGCAGCAGCAGCAGCAGCAGCAGCAAUGAAGAGACCAUGGAUGAGAUUGAAAAUAUUCAGAUAUCAGCCGAUCUAAUGGCUGACCACAAACGUCGUCAUUGCCGUUAUCAACGUCAACAAAUUCAUGAAUUGCAACUUGCUCAACGUCAACUAAAACGUCAGUUUAAUGAAUUGAAAUACCAACGUUUGGGUGAACGGGUACGUAGCAUUGAAAUCGAACAGCAUCGUAUAGCAGAUGCCAAUUUCAAUCUAAGUCGCCAAAUAGCGUCAUUGGAUAAGCUGCACUCUUCAAUGUUGGAAUUGCUCGAAGAUGUAGAAGAUGUACAGAAUAAAGUUGAUAAAAAUAUGCCCGAAUUGAGGCAUGAAAUAUCUAAGCUGGAAUUUUCAAAUGCUCAAUUGUUGUCCGAACAGAACAUUGUGCGAGAGGAGGGCAAGAAUGUGGCACGUUCGGUACAGGCAUUGGCAGUCAGUAUCAGUACAUUGCAAGAGGAACGUGACAGCGUUAGAAGAAUGCAGUCAAGCGUAAGUGAAUUACGCAUGAAAAUGGAUCGUUUACAAAAUAUGUUAGAUGAUGUGCAACGUGCUCUCAUCUAUAAACAUCGUGGCAGCAUCGAUAAACGGGAUAAUAAGAAAUACCAUAAUAAUCGCACGGUAUCUGCGCAAAAUGCUGAAACUUUGGUAGCUAAGUUGGAAAAUGUUGAACAAGAGUUUGAGUCGAUUAUUAAAAAAUUACCCAUAGACUGCAGCGAAGUAUCGCACUCAAGCCAGCCAAAUGAUGACGGUCUCUUUUUGAUUGCACCAAACGGUCAACCGCAUCAUCCCAUGCUGGUUCAUUGCUCCGACGAUGGUUGGACUAGUAUACAGCGGCGCUACGAUGGCAGCGCAGAUUUUAAUCGUUCUUGGGAAGAUUACGCAAACGGUUUUGGUUCGCCGGCCGGCGAAUUUUGGAUUGGCAACGAACAGCUGCAUCAAUUGACAUUAAACAAUUGCACCAGAUUGCGUGUACUCAUGCAAGACAUCUAUGACAAUGUUUGGCUGGCCGAAUACAAUCAAUUUUACAUUUCGUCGCGCUUGGAUGGCUAUCGUUUGCACAUAGACGGCUACAGUGGCAAUGCUUCCGAUGCUUUGGAUUAUCAGCAGGGCAUGCAAUUUUCGGCCAUUGAUGUAGAUCGCGAUAUCUCACAAACGCACUGUGCUGCUAACUAUGAGGGUGGGUGGUGGUUCUCUCAUUGUCAGCAUGCCAAUUUGAAUGGCCGUUAUAAUUUGGGCUUAACGUGGUUUGAUGCGGCGCGCAAUGAAUGGAUUGCCGUCAAAUCAAGUCAAAUGAUGAUUAAACGUCAGCCGUCGGCGAUGUGCAAUUAUAUAACAGCACAUACGUCAGCGACUACAACGACGUUGCCAUUGUCGACGACGACGUGGCCGUCAUCAUCAGCAAUUGCUGUUGAAGCCAUGAGCACAAGUACCGAAAUUCCUGUACUGACAAUAGUGUCUAACAAUAUUCCCAGCCAAAAAAGCUCAAGGAGUGAAAAGGACAACAACUCACUACACACACAGCAAGUGUAGAGAGUCUGUGUGGGUCCUUUUUACUCAACACCACCGCAACAACACCAAAAAGGCUGGCCAAGUAGCGUUGUUAUAUGCAUGCAUUCAAAUGUAUAUAAACGUAAGCAUAUUUGUUAGAUGUAGAACCACCACAACCACUGCUACUGCAGUUUGAAGUGCAGUACGAGUGUGCGUGAGUAUAAGUAAGUAAGUAAGUACUUUAGGUCUAAGUACAAUUAAAUGUAUGUAAAUGUUUACAUACACUUACAUACAAACAAUGUAAAUAUAUUUUGAUGUUUUAGUUACGUUUUAGUUUUAAGUUGUGAGAAAAAUAGUUAAAAAAAAAAAAGAAAACAAAUCAAAUGUAAGCGUCCAUACAAGCACAAAACGAGACAAAAAAGAAACAAACUAAAGUCAAUAUAUAUAUAAGAGUUUCAUAAAGAGAGCAUAAAAUGGAGGACAAUAUAAAAGAAUACAAAGACAUUUGUAUAUAUGUAGCAGUUUUAUAAUAGUAUGUGAUCGUCAAUGAAUGCUCAGUUUUAAACCAAAAAUUUCUAAGAAUUGCUUUACCAUUUUACUCGCAUUUAAAUGUCUAAACUUUUCAAAGCAAGCCACGAUUUCAAAAGUAUUCAUAUGUUUUUUUUUUUUUUUUUUUUUGGGGAGAAAAUAUAAGCUUUUUCAAAAACAACGUAAUUCAAUUGAGGUCAUUUGAGAGUCCUUUACAUUUUUAAUGAAAAUUUUUGAGUCUUUGUUUUUAUUAACUCAGUUUCUAGUGCAUUAACUUUUCAUUUUUAUUAAACCCAUUGAAACGCUUGGAGAAUAGAUUCACAAACUCUUUAUAAAUUUAUACAAAUAAUUUAAUUGCUUCUCUCUUUUUUUUGUUUUUGCUUUGUUUAGCAGACUAGUUAUGUCUGGUUUUUUUUUCUAACUAUGUAGGUCGUCGUAAGUAUUUUUAGUUUAGUGGGAGUUUUUUUAUUUUUUUUUGUUUUUUUAAAAUUGAUUUAUUUUAUGUAAUUUUAAAUGAUUUUCCUAAUAACACUCCUAAGAGUAUUUAAAUCUUAAUGUCAUUUAAAAGUAUUCUUGAUGUAUUAUUAUUAUUAUUAUAAUUUUUUUUUAAAAUAAUUUAAAGCUCAAGGGAAGGGUAAAUAAGAGUUUUUACAUUUUGAUUUUCAAUAUAAUUCUCAUAAAGAUUAUAACAAAUUUUGAAAUGUGAAAAUUUAACUGCAAAAUAUAACCUCAUCUUGGAGAGAGGCAUAAUAAAACGAAAGUCUACAAAAUUCAUAAAAUUCUUUCACCGAAAAUCUGAAAGAAACUGACAAA